AUGUCGUGUUCAAAAAUAUUUUUAGGAGAUUUACCUGAAUUAACUUAUGAAAUUAUAAAAUAUUUUCAGAAUGAUUAUUCAACUUUAUAUUCAUGCAUUUUAGUUAACAGAUUAUGGUGUCGUUUAGCAAUUCCAUUAUUAUGGGAAAAUCCAUUUUCAAUUCGUACCGGAAACUAUGAUUUUAUUGAAAUUUACUUAUAUAAUAAUUUAAAUAAUGAUUUAAAAUUAUAUGAAUAUAAAACUAUUAAUAAUUCAUUAUUACCUACGAAUACACUGUUCAAUUAUCCUAGUUUUUUAAAAUAUUUGAAUACAUAUAAGUUAUACACUUCUGUUGAUAAGUGGUUUUGUUCUGCUAUUAGGAAUUCAAAAUUCGGAAUUGGAACAGAUCGAUAUGAUCAUGUUAAGAGAUUAGUUCAUAUGUCACUAUUUAAAAUUUUUAUUGAAAGUGAAGUAAAUUUACAUACUCUUGAAAUUGAGGCCUUAAGUAUUUAUGACAAAGCAAGUUUUAAUGAAAUUCUUGAGUUAAUAUUGCAAAAUCAAAAUUUUAUUCACAAUAUUGGAAACAUGAAACUUUAUACCAGAUUUGUUGAAGACAAUAUAUAUAAUAACCAUGUAUUACAAAUGAUUCAUUUACAUCAAAAUCUUAAGAAAAUUUUUAUAUAUAGAAAUUAUUUAUCUUUAUAUCAAUCAUUAUUAUUAUCAAAAGAUUAUAAUUGUUCAAAUACCUUAAAUACAAUUAUUUUCUAUUACAUCAAUUUUAGAAAAAUAAUCAAUCUUGAUGAAAUAUUUGAACAAUUAAAUGUUUUAGAAUCUGUUCAUAUUGUCUAUUGUUAUUCCUUGAAUAAUAGUUUUAUUCAACAAAUUAAUAAUUUAACCAAACCAUUUAAAUUAAAAUCUUUAAUUUUAUGUGGGAUACUACAAAUUGAAUCAUUGCAACAAUUAUUACUAAAAUCUGGUGAUUAUUUAGAAAAUUUCGGCGGGAGUGGAAUUUGUUAUAAUUAUUGUGAUUUAUUACAAUUAACAAAAUAUUGUAACAAUAUCAAUUUACUUUAUCUUAAUGGACAUGAAAGUGAGAUUACUAUUCUUCAAAAAAUCAAUUUAAUUGAAAGUAUUAAACAAAGUCUCAAUUAUCUUAUAAUCAAUAUAUGUGAAGAUUCAGCAAUUUAUAGUUCAAUCAUAUUAGAAAAUCUAGGACAAAUUCUUCCUUCUAAAUUGGAUUAUGUAAAUUUGAGUUUCAUCAUUAAAGAUAGUUAUUUUAGAGUAUUCUUAGAAAAUUCUCAGUAUAUUUUUAUUAAUAAAUUUUUAAUAAAAUUAAAAAGGGGUAGUGAUGAUAUUUUACAUUACAUAAAGGAAUAUAUUAUGAAGGAAAAAAGAGUCAAGUAUUUGGCUAUUCAGGAUAAUAAUAAGAGGGAAUUGUUGUAUUUGAAAGAUGAAGUGAAGGAAUUCGAGUUACAUAAUAUUAUAGUCCGAAGACAUAGUGAUUUAGUAAUUGACUUUGAUGACUUAAUAUGGAAUAUUGAAAAGAAAGAUAUUUGA